AUGUCUGCCGCCAUUACCAUCACCCAAGCCCACAUCCCACUUCUCGAAAGCUUCAUUACAGUGUUCUCAGUACAUGUGGACGACCUGCUAGUUCGCCUGUCCAGACUACACGAAGUCAGGGAUCACAUGCCUGAACAACAGCAUCAGAAUCGACAGAACAUGGGCUUCCUCAUACAACAAUGCAGCAUGGAACUCAACUGGGCCAUCAAGAACCGCAACAUCUACAUGGAUGUUCGAAACAUGGCACAGUCACAGCCACAACAGGCUCAGCAACCCGAUGCAUAG